CCGGAAGUACGCGGGCACAGGAAGUACUUUGGAAAGUUUGAGCCUCUUUACGCAGCACAUUCAGCAAUAAUUGCUUUAAAUCGACGAUAAACGGGAGUAUUUAUUUUACUUUUUUACAAGUAAACCGUUUAACCUUGUGCUUUGUAUUUACCGACUAUGUGUAUAUUUUGUUUACAUGGCGAAGUAGCUAGCAAGCUAGCAGCCAUUAGCUAGCAUCAUUGAAGUCACGUGAUUUUAAUAGUCAGCAAACAGUUUGGUGUUUGUGUGUCUAAUUUAAUUUUAAACCCCAGGCGUGUCCUUACUUGUGAAGGAGAGGACGAGGAGGUCGUUGUCCACGGCGGCUGCCAGCGCAAAUGUGUCCAGCUUCCUUUGUGUCGACAUCAUACUUGAGUUGAGUGGCCCCCAAAGUUAGUUGAGUGGCCCCCAAAGUCAGCUGAGUGGCCCCCAAAGUCAGUUGAGUGGCCCCCAGAGUCUUCAUGCCUUGCUCCUGUGGGGAUUGGAGACGAUGGAUUCGUCCCCUGGUGGUCGUCUUGUACAUCCUGUUGCUGCUCGUCGUCCUGCCUCUGUGCGUCUGGGAACUGCAGAAGUCCGAGGUGGGUACACACAACAAAGCCUGGUUCAUCGCUGGCAUAUUUGUCUUCAUGACCAUCCCGAUAUCGUUGUGGGGCAUCCUCCAACAUCUGGUUCACUACACUCAGCCUGAGCUCCAGAAACCCAUUAUUAGAAUUUUAUGGAUGGUGCCAAUCUACAGUUUGGACAGUUGGAUUGCGCUGAAAUAUCCCAGCAUUGCCAUUUACGUGGACACGUGCAGAGAGUGCUACGAGGCCUACGUCAUCUACAACUUCCUGACCUUCCUGCUCAACUACCUGGAGAAUCAGUACCCCAGCCUGGUGAUGAUGCUGGAGGUCCAGGAGCAGCAGAAGCAUCUUCCUCCUCUCUGCUGCUGCCCGCCCUGGCCCAUGGGAGAGGUUUUACUUUUAAGGUGCAAGCUGGGAGUGCUGCAAUACACCGUGGUUAGACCUGUCACCACUGUCAUCGCUCUGAUCUGCCAGCUGUGCGGCGUGUACGACGAAGGCAACUUUAGCUCUACUAACGCCUGGACGUACCUGGUUAUUUUCAACAACAUGUCGCAGCUGUUUGCCAUGUACUGCCUGGUGCUGUUCUACAGGGCUCUGCGAGAGGAGCUGCGUCCCAUCCAACCGGUGGGCAAAUUCCUGUGUGUCAAAAUGGUGGUCUUUGUCUCCUUCUGGCAAGCUGCGCUCAUUGCUUUACUGGUCAAAGUGGGCGUCAUCUCGGAGAAACGCACCUGGGACUGGCAGAGUGUCGAGGCGGUCGCUACGGGACUACAGGACUUUGUCAUAUGUGUGGAGAUGUUCCUGGCGGCCAUCGCCCACCACUUCAGCUUCACCUACAAGCCUUACAUCCAGGAGGCCGAGGAGGGCUCGUGCUUCGACUCCUUCAUGGCCAUGUGGGACAUCUCGGACGUGCGGGCCGACAUCUCGGAGCAAGUCCGCAAUGUUGGCAGGACAGUCAUGGGUCGCCCCAGGAGCUCUUAUUUUGGCGAGGCGCAGAGCAACGGAGAGCGCUCGGGCCUCCUCUCCUCGUCGGCCUCUCAAGACGCCGUUGCGGAGGUGGCUUCCGAUCCGGUGACGCCCAAGGGGAACUACCAGGGCAUGGGGAGCACGCAGACGCCGCACUCUGUGUCGGCCCCCGCCGGGCUAAGCCACGCCCACUGGGACCAAGGAGACGAGGCUGAAGAACAUGUCGCCCAUAACGACGGAAGCAAAGAGCCGGAAGACGCAGACUUGAUCGUUAUCACUUAGCGUAUGAUGUCAUCACUUCGCGUAUGAUGUCAUGACUUGAUGACACGCGUGGGCGGGACCCAGUGACGGAACUUGUUUGUUUCCAGGUCUCUUGCCAACAGCUGGAAGAAUGUUCCUGAAGGCACGACUACACGCGUACCAGCCGCAGCAAAUAUUAACGCAAUGCAAGAAAAUAUGGGUGAUGACUAUUUUUGAAUAAUCAUAAGAAUAUCAAUAGAGUAUUAAAAUAGCAGAAAUGUACAUUCACAUCACGGGGAUGAAUGUUUUGUCAAUUCUGGGCCUUAUUUGAACGGUACUUUUUAUAUUGUGCAUUCAUUAGUAAGGGUGUGAAUCUUUGGGCAUCGAACAAUUCGAUCUGACACCGAUUCCUGCACUGAACAUUUGAUUCAGAAUCCAUACAACGCGAUUCUUAAUUCAAACCGAUUCUUACAAUGUAUUAUUUGGUAUUAUAAUUAUGAUGAAACUUUUUCAAAACAGGUUAGAAAAGUUAUGUUUGGUUGCAUGCAGAUGACAUAUAAACUUAUUGAUUAUUGUUACAAAAAACACACAUAAUAAAAAAAAUAUUAUAUAUACAUAUAUAUGUAUAUAUAUAUACAUAUAUAUAUAUAUAUAUAUAUAUAUAUAUAUAUAUAUAUAUAUAAUCUGGGAAGGAUGUCCACAAGGUUGCAGAGUGUGUUUAUAGGAAUUUUCCGUCAUUAUUCCAUUCGCGCAUUGUUGAUGUUGGUGGAGAAGCCCUGGCUCUCAGUCUCCGUUUUAAUUCAUCCCAAAGGUUUUUCAUUCGGGUUCAGGUCAAGACUCUGUGCAGGCCAGUCAAGUUCAUCCACAGCAGACUCUUGUCAUCCAUGUCUUUAUGGACCUUGCUUUGUGCAAUGGUGCACAGUCAUGUUGUAAGAGGAAGGGGGCCCCGCUCCAAACUGUUCCCACAAGGUUGGGAGAAUGGAAUUGUCCAAAAAUGUUUUGGAAUCCUGGAGCAUUCAAAGUUCCUUUCACUGGAACUAAGGGUCCAAGCGUAAUUCCUGAAAAACAACCCCACACCAUAUUUCCUCCUCCACCAAAUUUCACACUCUGCACAAUGCAGUCCGGAAUGUACCGUUUUCCUGGUAACCUCCAAACCCAGACUGGUCCAUCCGAUUGCCAGAUGGAAAAGCGUGAUUCAUCAGUCCAGAGAAGGCAUCUCCACUGCUCUAGAGUCCGGAGUCCAAUGCUUUGCAUUGGACUUGGUGAUGUAUGGCUUAGAUGAAGCUGCCCGGCCAUGGAAACCCAUUCCAUGAAGCUCUCUGCGUACUGUAUGUGGGCUAAUUGGAAGGUCACGUGAAGUUUGGAGCUCUCUAGUAACUGUGCAGAAAGUCGGCGAUCACUUUGCACUAUUCCCUUCAGCAACUGCUGACCCCUCUCUUUUAUUUUACGUGGCCUACCAAUUCGUGGCUGGGUUGCUGUUGUUCCCAAACUCUUCCAUUUUCUUAUAUUAAAGCCAACAGUUGACUUUGGAAUAUUUAGGAGCGGGGAAAUUUCACAACUGGGUUUGUUGCACAGGUUGCAUGCUAUGACAGUUCCAUGCUGGAAAUCACUGAAAGCAACCCAUUCUUUCACAAAUGUUUGUAGAAACAGUCUCUGUGCCGAAGUGCUUGAUUUUAUACACUGGGCCAAGUCAUUAGGACACCAAAUACUUUUGGCAAUAUCGUGUGUGUAUGUAUGUAUGUAUAUAUAUAUAUAUAUGUAUUUUCGUAUAUAUAAUGUAUACAUAUAUAUGUGUGUAUGUAUGUAUAUAAUUUUUAUUUACAUAUAUAUGUAUGUAUAUAUAUAUAUAUACGCACAUAUAUAUGUGUGUAUGUAUAUAUAUAUGUAUGUAUAUAUACACGUGUGUGUGUGUGUGUGUGUAUAUAUAUGAAUGUAUAUAUAUAUAUACAUACAAACAUAUAUACACAUAUAUGUAUAUACAUAUAUAUAUAUAUACACACAUAUAUAUAUAUACAUACAAAUAUGUAUAUAUCAUUUACACAUAUAUAUAUAUAUAUAUAUAUAUAUAUAUAUUUUAAAUGUAUAUAUUUUAUUUUUGAAAAUUAUGAAUUGAUGUAGAAUCAGGAUGAUUAAGAAUUGCAAUUUGGAUGUGAAUGGAUUAUAGAAUGUUGAAUAUUGUACAUGUGAGGCCAUGAUGAGUGUGUGUAAACACCUGACCUGGACUGCAAUCAGUGGACAGUGUAAAAGUACGCCCUCAACACUAAAGUUUGUAUAAAUUCUGUGACACACUUUCUUAGUUUGUUGCUUAGUGCUGAGACAUCUUUGUCCUCAGCCAUUGAAUGUUACUGACCUGCAGGGAUGUUGUGUUACUCAUUCUUCUAUUUCUGUGCUUUAUUUUCUACAAUAAAACUGACUUGAAAACAAA